GGACCGUUGAAGUUCAAAGUUCAGACAUUACAGUAAAAAUAGGGUACUUGCUGGCUGGCUGCGUGUGUGUUUGCGGGGAAUAAAACACAAACGGGGCGUUCACUGAAGUCUCGAAUCGGUGGCCACCGCACCGAAAACCGGCAGAGGAGACCGGAAAUGGCCCUCAACUAAUCUGCGCCCUGUGUUGCUCUGCUGUCGGCGGAUUUACAGAACGACGGCUAGCUGGGUGCUAACGUUAGCACGCUAGCUUGCCAGGAGCACAUAGCCACCGCUGCUAGCUAACGUCACUGGACCGGUGCUGUUUACUCUCACGGCUGCGGCUAUGUUCGUCCAGGAGGAGAAGAUAUUCGCCGGCAAAGUGUUGAAAAUACACAUCUGCACCGUGGACGGCACGGAGUGGUUAGAGGAGGUCACGGAAGACACCACUGUUGAGAAACUGAAGGAGAAGUGCUUGAAACAUUAUGUACACGGAAGUCUAGAAGACCCCAAGACACUUACCCACCACAAACUCAUACACGCUGCUACGGAACGAGUCCUCGCUGACACCAAAACUGUCGCUGAUGAAAAUCUCAAGGAUAAAGAAGUUUUGCUGCUCAUGAAGAAAAGACCACCACCAACCCCUCCCAAGAUGGCGGAAGUCAGUUCGGAUGAAAAGAAGAAACAAGAUAACAAGGCUCCGGACAAAGACGCAAUUCUAAAAGCCACCGGCAACCUGUCCACACGCCACACUGACCGCACUGUAACUCAGCACAACAUCAGAGAUUUUCAGACGGAGCUGAGGAAAAUCCUGGUUUCCCUCAUUGAAGUGGCCCAGAAGCUUCUCGCCUUGAACCCUGACGCCGUUGAACUUUUCAAAAAGGCCAAUGCGAUGUUAGAUGAAGAUGAAGAGGACCGCGUGGACGAAACAGCCCUCCAGCAGCUCACCGAGAUGGGUUUCCCCGAGAGCAGAGCCAUCAAAGCUCUUCGAUUGAACCACAUGUCCGUCACCCAGGCGAUGGAGUGGCUUAUCGAGCACGUAGACGACCCCUCUGUAGACACACCCAUACCUGGCCAGGACUCGGCAGGAGCCGCGGCCGCUGCCCCUGCUCCGGCCGCUGCCCCUGCCGCUGCCCCUGCCGCUGCCCCUGCCGCUGCCGCUGCCCCUGCCGCUGCCGCUGCCCCUGCUCCUGCCGCACCGGGCCCCUCGGCGUCGGGCCCCGGUCUGAAGCUUCUCCGCAGCCUCUCCAGCCAGUCGAACGCAGAAGACGGCAUCAGGCAGGACGAGCUCACGGAGAUCUUCAAGAGGAUCCGCAGGAAACGGGAGUUCAGACCGGACUCUAGAGCUGUCAUUGCAUUGAUGGAGAUGGGGUUUGAUGAGAAGGAGGUGGUCGACGCUCUCAGGGUGAAUAACAACCAACAAGAUGCCGCGUGUGAGUGGCUGCUAGGAGACAGGAAACCUUCCCCAGAAGAUCUGGACAAAGGCAUCGACACCAACAGCCCGCUGUUCCAAGCCAUUCUGGAGAAUCCAGUGGUCCAGUUGGGCCUAACCAAUCCCAAAACCCUGCUAGCGUUUGAAGACAUGCUGGAGAAUCCUCUGAACAGCACCCAGUGGAUGAACGACCCCGAGACCGGCCCCGUCAUGCUCCAAAUAUCCAGAAUCUUCCAGACCCUCAAUCGCACAUAGAGCUCCCUGGUGACCCCCUGUGUGACAGGCAGCUUCUGUGUGCGUGUGCGUGCGUGUGCUCGACCAUAUUGGUGUGUGUGUGUGUGUAUCCCAGUGCGGCGGAGACACGAGUAUUGUUUUUGCCUUGUAAAGACAACGCUGGAGGAGUCUAAGUAUGAAUUAAGAUGUUACACAUAUAUCUAUUUAUAACAGUACAGUAAAAACACUUAUACAAAACAGAUGUUGACAUAAACGUUAUUACAGUAAUGAUAAUAAAAAAAAAGGAGAUUUAGUAUGUUGUUUUUACAUUUUAACGAGAACAGUUUAUAGUCAUGACAGACAUGAUUUAUUUUAUAUGAUUUCUCCAUGUGCAGAAAUGACAUCAGACAUCAAUUUAAUGUUUACACUUCAAAGAGAACUGUUUUUGUAUGUUUUGCAAUAUUUAAAUAUCAACUACAGUUUUGUCUGUCUCUUUAAAUUGUUACAUUUCAUCCGUUCGGAAUGUGUGGAAAACUUUUGGUCAGCUUCCUGUUCUUUUCUCUUCGUCUUUUUUUUAGUUUUUUUUUUUUUUAGUUUUUAUCAAAUGAACUGCUUGUAAUUGAGAGGCCGGCGCUCAAAGUCCAGUGUUUCUGCUCCUGCUCCGUUGGAGCCUGUAAAGGUCGCUGUAAAGGUCGCUGUAAGCCAAGCGCCUCUCAGUUUAAAGCGGAGAACAUUCGCCCAUGAGCUUCUUCAAAAAUAUUUAUUUGUCUUGCCUUUUUUUUUUUUUUUUAAAUAGACAAAAGCUGUACACUAAACUGUUUGUGUCUUAGUCAUGUUUUUACAAGAAAACAAUAUAUUAGGUCUGUGUGUUUAUUGUCUGUGCUCUUGAAUGUCAUAUUUUAAUGUCGCGCUCAUUCAGCACUUGUUCACCUCCUAAAUAUCGCUCACUGCAGCACUUAAGGAGUUAAUAGAAGGGUUCAUGUCCCUAAUGGCUGUGGCGGGAUGUUAAAUGAAGCUGAGUCUGAUCAGAAGGGUUUUUUGCCUUUGUUAUCUUUUGAUUUUGAAUGAUGGAGAUGCUCGCAGCUCAGCGUCUCCACACACACACACACAAGAAAAUGACAGAUUUUUCUUUUUCUUUUGACAGCAGUGAGCAUUCAAAGAAAAAUGUCACUAUAUAAUCUGCCUUGUCAUGAGUUUUACCCAUUGAGAAAUCCUCUGUAUUCCUGUGCAAUAGCAAAGGACAUCUGUUGGCCUGAAAAAGAAAUCUACUUGUUUUGAGUGUGCGAGCUGCAAUGUGUAGCGUGUUCUACAAUAUUCACAUUUGCGUUUCAGUUCUUCAAAUCUCCAGCUACAAGUUCGGCCUUUUGUCGGGUUGAACCGACAGUUUGGGACAAUGUGGAGGGUGGUGUGUUUUGCCAAGCUUUUGAGUGUUUUUAAAAUGUGGUUUUGAUGUGACUUUCUGCUCAGGGAGGCUGAGAUUGUUUUUCUAAACCUGUCAUUAUGGCGAAGCUCUGCUCACCCCCUUCUAGUCUGGGCAGUUUAAAAUAGCUUUAACUAAUCUGUCGGGAACUUCAUGAUUAAGAGCACCACAAGACAUGGUUUUGUAAUUGCAAUAUUUGAAAAUAUUUAAAUGUUUUUAGAGCAAAGUGUGUUUGAACUCUUUAUUAUUACAUUAUUUAUAUCGAAGCCAAACUAGUAACUUGUUCUUAUUUAUAACAUUUUUAGCAAACCUCAGAGCUUAUCUACAAAUGUGAAAGAAAAAAAAAAUUGAAUGAUUCAAAUGUUGUUUUUACAAACCAUUGUAAAACGUGCUUAUGGACUUUUAGGUCUCAGUGUGAUUGUGACGCGGUAGAAGGAAGCCACACCACAGCCCCCCCCCCCCAUCCUCCCCCCGCUCCCUCUGUCACAGCCACAAUGACCAGCUGCCCCCCCCCCCUCCCACACACACACACACACACAACCCAGGCUUGGCAUCAGAAUACACACACAGCUCUCCGGGUUAUAUCUUCAAACAAACAUUGGGAGAUUGUACGUUUUAAAAGAAGAAGAAGAAGAAACAAGGUCCACAGGUGACCGCAGACACCUUUCGAAGAGGUCAACAGAAAAGGAAAAGAACAAAAUGAACUUUAUUGCCGAGGGACACCAAAGGCUGGUUCGAGUCACAGGGUGUUGUUUUCACUCCGCUUUCAUAAGAACUAUCCCAGUUUAACAACCUAUGCAAUAUACUCUCACAGUCUGCUCGUUCAGACGGCCUCACGGCUCCUGGCAUUUAAAUCACUAUUGCAUUAAAGGUAUUUUUUUGUUGUUGUGGC